CUUGCUCUGUCGCCCAGGCUGGAGCGCAGUGGUGCAAUCUCAGUUCACUGCAAGCUUUACCUCCUGGGUUCAAAUGAUUCUCUUGCCACAGCCUCUAGAGUAGCUAGGACUACAGGCAUAUGCCACCACACCUGGCUAAUUUUUGUAUUUUUAGCAGAGACAGGGUUUCACCAUGUUGGCCAGGCUGGUCUCAAACUCCUCCUGGCCUCAAGUGAUCUGCUCACCUCAGCUUCCCAAAGUGCUGGGAUUACAGGUGUGAGCCACCGAGCCCAGCUGAGGUAUAACAUAUUGAUAUGGUUUGGCUCUGUGUCCCCACCCAAAUCUUAUCUUGAAUUGUAUUCCCAUAAUUCCCAUGUGUUAUGGGAGGGACCCAGUGAGAGAUAAUUUGAAUCAUGAGGGCGGUUUCCUCCAUACUGUUCUCAUGGUAGUGAAUAUGUCUCAUGAGAUCUGAUGGUUUUAUCAGAUCUUUCUGCUUUUGCAUCUUCCUCAUUUUCUCUUGCCACCACCAUGUAAGAAGGGCCUUUUGCCUCCCGCCAUGAUUCUGAGGCCUCCCCAGCCAUGUGGAACUGUAAGUCCAAUUAAACCUCUUUUUCUUCCCAGUCUUGGGUAUGUCUUUAUCAGCAGUGUGAAAAUGGACUAAUACAAUAAAUUGGUACCGGGAGUGGGGUGUUGCUGAAAAGUUACCUGAAAAUGUGGAAACAACUUUGGAACUGGGUAUCAGGCAGAAGUUGGAAGAGUGUGGAAGGCUCAGAAGAAGACAGGAAAAUGUGGGAAAGUUUGGAACCUCCUAGAAACUUGUUGAUUGGCUUUGAAAAAAAAUGCUGAUAGUGAUAUGAAUAAUAAAGUCCAGGUUGAGGUUGUCUCAGAUGGACAUGAGGAACCUCUUGGGAACAGGAGUAAAGGUGACUCUUGUUAUGUUUUAGCAAAGAGACUGGUGGCAUUUUGCCCCUGCCCUUGAAAGGAUGAUUUAGGGUAUCUGGCAGAAGAAAUUUCUAAGCAGCAAACAGAGCAUUCAAGAGGUGACUUGGGUGCUGUUAAAGGCAUCCCAUUUUAAAAAGGAAACAGAGCAUAAAAGUUCAGAAAAUUUGCAGCCUGACAAUGCAGUAGAAAAGAAAAACACAUUUUCUGAGGAGAAAUUCAAGCUGGCUGAAGAAAUUUGCGUAAGUGUCAAGGAGCCAAAUGGUAAUCCCCAAGACAAUGGGGAAAAUGUCUCCAGGACAUGUCAUAGGUCUUCACAGCAGUCCCUCCCAUCAUAGACCUGGAAGCCUAGGAGGAAAAACUGGUUUCAUGGGCCAGGCCCAGGGUCCUCAUCUGUUUGCAGCCUAGGCACUUGGUGCCCUGUGUCUUGGCUGCUCCAGCCGUUGCUAAAAGGAAGAGGCCAAGGUUUAGCUUGGCCCAUGGUUUCAGAGGGUGCAAGCCCCAAACCUUGGUAGCUUCCACAUGGUGUUGAGCCUGCAGGUGCAUAGAAGUCAAGAGUUGAGGUUUGGGAACCUCCACCUAGAUUGCGGAAGAUGUAUGGAAACACCUGGAUGCCCAGGCAAAAGUUUGCUGCAGGGGUGGGGUUCUCCUGGAGAACCUCUGCUAGGGCAAUGCAGAAGGGAAAUGUGGGGUUGGAGCCCCCACAGAGUCCCUACUGGGGCACUGCCUAGUGGAGCUUUGAGAAGAGGGCCACCCUCCUCCAGACCCCAGAAUGGUAGAUCCACCGACAGCUUGCACUGUGCAACUGGAAAAGCCACAGACACUCAAUGCCAGCCCAUAAAAGCCAGGAGGGGGGCUAUACCCUGCAAAGCCAUAGGGGUGGAGCUGCCCAAGACUAUGAGAACCUGCUUCUUGCAUCAGGGUGACCUGGAUGUGAGACAUGGAGUCAAAGGAGAUCAUUUUGGAGCUUUAGAAUUUGACUCCCCCACUGGAUUUUGGACUUGCAUGGUCCCUGUAACCCCUUUGUUUUGGCCAAUUUCUCCCAUUUGGAAUGGGUAUAUUUACCCAAUACCUGUACUCCCUUUGUAUCUAGGAAGUAACUGGCUUGCUUUUGAUUUUACAGGCUCAUAGGCAGAAGGGACUUGCCUUGUCUCAUAUGAGACUUUGGACUAUGGACUUUUGGGUUAAUGCUGAAAUGAGUUAAGACUUUGGGGGACUGUUGGGAAGGCAUGAUUGGUUUUGAAAUGUGAGGACAUGAGAUUUGGAGGAGCAAGAGGUGGAAUGAUAUGGUUUGGCUGUGUCCCCACCCAAAUCUCAUCUUGAAUUGUAUUACCAUAAUCGCCACAUGUUAUAGGAGGGACCUGGUGGGAGAUAAUUUGAAUCAUGGGGGGCAGUUUCCCCCAUACUGUUCUUGUGGUAGUGUAUAAGUCUCACAAGAUCUGAUGGUUUUAUCAGGGGUUUCCGCUUUUGCAUCUUCCUUAUUUUCUCUUGUCACCACCAUGUAAGAAGGGCCUUUAUCCUCCCACCAUGAUCCUGAGGCCUUCCCACACAUGUGGAACUGGACUACGUCCAAUUAAACCUCUUUUUCUUCCCAGUCUCGGGUAUGUCUUUAUCAGCAGUGUGAAAAUGGACUAAUACAUAUAUAUAUAAAGUAAAAUUGACUAUUUUCGGUGAAUAGGUCUUUGAGCUUUGACAAAUGCCUCCAAGUUGUUAUAACCACCACCACACUCAACAUAUAGAGCAGACCAGGUGUUGUGGCUCAUGCCUGUAAUCCCAGCACUUUGGGAGGCUGAGGUGGGUGGAUGUCUUGGGCCCAGGAGUUUGAGACCAGCCUGGGCAACAAAGUGAGACACCAUUCCUACCAAAAAUACAAAAAUUAGCUGGGCAUGGUGGCACACAUCUGUAGUUCCAGCUACCUGGCGGGCUGAGAUGGGAGGAUCACUUGAGCCCAAGAGGCAGAGGUUGCAGUGAGCCAAGGUUGUGCCGCUGCACUCCAGCCUAGGUAAUAGAGCAGGACUCUGUCUCAAAAAAAAAAAAAAAAAAAGAUAUAAAACAGUUUCCUCACUCCCCAAAUUUCCCUAUUCCUCUUGUCAGCAGCUUCUACUCCUACUCCCAAACUCUAGCAAACCACUGAUUUGUUUUUUGUACCUAUAGUUUUGCUAAAAUAUCAUACAAAUGAAAUCAAACAUCAUGUAGCCUUUUUAGUAUGGCUUCUUUCACUUGUUAUAAAAUAAUAAAAAUUCAUUUAUGUUGCUAUGUGUUUUAAUAGUUCAUUGCUUUCUAUUUCUGAAUAGUCUUGCAUUGUGUGGAUGUCCUACGGUUGUUUAUCCAUUCGCCAGUUGAAGAACAUUUGGUUGUUGCCAGUUUGGGUGAUUAUAAACCCACUCUAAACAUUCAUAUUCAAGUUUUUAUAUGAGCAUUUAAGUUUUCAUUUCUUUGAUGUAAAAUCCUAGGAAUGGGAUCGUGGGCUCUAUAUGAUAAGUUUAUUUUAACUUUAUAAUUAACCACCAAAUUUUUCCAAAGUGAAAUAUUAUCUUGUACUGCCAUUGACAAUGUAUGAGAGUCCUUACUGCUCCACAUCUUUGUUAGUACUUAGUAUUGUCAGUUUUUGUUUUGCUUUUAGACAUUUUAAUAGAUGUCUGGUAUUAACUCAUUUGCACUCUCUUAAUGACUAAUAACGUUGAAUAUGUGCUUAUUUACCAUCCAUACAUCUUCUUUUAUAAAAUAUCUAUUCAACUCUUUUGACCAUUUUUAACUGUAUUGUUUUUCUUAUUGUUGAGUUUUGAGAGUUUGGAUAUGUCCUAGAUAUGAGUCCUUUGUCAGAAAUGUGUUUUGUAAAUAUUUUCUGCCAGGCUGUAGCUUGCAUUUUCAGUCUCUUAACAGUGUCUUUCACAGAACAAAAGUUUUUAAUUUUUCUGAAGUCCAAUUUUACCUAUUUUUAUUUAUGCUUUUAAUGUCAUAUCUAAGAAAUCUUUGCCUAACAUAGGGUCACAACUAUUUACCCUAUGUUUUCUUCUGGAAGUUUCAUAGGUUUGUGUUUUAUAUUUAGGCCUAUGAUCCAUUUUUAGUUCAUUUUUAUAGAAAGAACAAGGUGUGAGUCAAGAUUUACUUUUUGUAUAUCAAUGUCCAAUCAUUUCAGAUCAAUAUUGAAAAGACUAUACUGUCUUUACUGAAUUGCCUUUGACCAUGUAUGUAUAAGUCGAUUUCUAGACUCUCUAUUCUGCCCCCAUUUAUCUAUGUGUCUGUUCUUUCAUCAAUGUGACACUGUCCUGAUUACUUAGGUAAGUCCUGGAAUGCAAUAUUCUGAGUUCUUUAACUUUGUUCUUCUUUGUCUGCUUUGGCUAUUCUAGUGCCUCUGACUUUCCAUAUACAUUUUACAAACAGUUUAUUGAUAUUUAUUUUAAAAAUCCUAAAGGGGUUUUGAUUUGGAUUUGUGGAAUCUCUGUAUCAGUUUGUUCAGAAUUGAUAUCUCAACAAUAUUUAGUCUUUGUGUUAAUAAACACAGUAUAUGUCUCUAUUUAGGUCUCCUUUGAUUUUUUCAAGAGUGCUUGUAGUUUUAAGCAUAUGAGUGGUUCACAUUGAUAGUAUCUAAGAAUUUCAUGUUGGUGGUGUUACUGUAAAUGACACAGUGUUUUAACGUUUGUCUUCAGUUGCCCAUUGCUAGUAUACAAAUUUGUAUAUUGUCUUUGUAUCCUGCAAUCUUUCUAAAACUCACUCAUGAGUUCUAGUAGCUUUGUAGUAGUUUCCUGAAGAUUUUAUGUCUAAAAUGUUAAGGAAAAAAAUACAUUUUAAACCAAGAAUAAAAAUUCUAUUGCAUAUUUUAAAAUCAGGAUUGGAAGGACAAAGAUUGUCUCUGAUUAUGCAGUUCUAUUUACAGGAUGAUAUAGGUAGCUUAGCGGGCCAAGCUUUGAAUCUCAAACAUGUGGAUGUUGAAUCCUUAUCCACUUGCUGCUGCGUGUGAUCUGAGAUGCCUUGACUAUGUUAUGGGCUUUUUCAUCAAAGUCUAUGCUUUAGCAACAGAAAGCGUCUUCCAGACAUAUCAUAGGGAUGAGCAAGUACAAUUCAUGUGAAAUCAUUCAGAGAUAUAAAGUUCAGGAAAAUAAUACUAGUGUCGUCCAGAAAAAUCAGGAAGUCUUCUCUUGUAGAGCACAUGACCUGUCAUGAUAUAGCCCGUAGCAGGAUUCGUCCAUACAUACCCCCAAAGGCAUUACCACAUCACCGUGGAAUAAGGCUGCAAUGCUAGACACCACAGUGCUCCUGAUAAGGGCCCGGCUUGUAUAAAAAUGGUUAGAGUGGCAGGAAGUUGUUAUAACUGGAAUAAUUCUUAUGGCAGCUAUGUCUCCAAAAAUAUUACGAAGCAAGAAAAACAUUUGGCUGGAGGUGUGCGAACUGAGAUUCUCGGGGCGUAGGAGCUGUGUGUAGAACAGAGUCCAAAGGAGUAGUCAUACCCGGGGUGGAUCAAAGGAAGAAGCAGAGGAGGUAGACAGAUGGAGGUGGCUUGGCUACAAAGAAGUGUGGAGUUUCUUUCCCUUCCUCUUGAGAUCCACCAAGACACAGAUUUCCAGCUUUGCAAAAGCAGAAAGCAGGCAGAAGGAAGAUCUCCAGUCCGCGGGGAAUGGCAGCACUUUUAAAACUUUGAGAUUGAUGAGUGGUUAAUUAGACCCUCAGCCACUCCUAUGACGACUAAAUACGUUGAACAAGUGUGCCUCAAUGAAACUUGAUGUGAACUUCCAAAGGAAAAAGGGUGACGACUCCGAUGAGGAAGAUCUUUGUAUCAGCAACAAAUGGACUUUCCAAAGAACCAGUCGCAGGUGGUCUCGUGUGGACGACCUCUACACGCUGCUCCCUCGAGGAGACAGAAAUGGGUCACCGGGAGGCACGGGGAUGAGGAACACGACCAGCAGUGAGAGCGUCCUCACAGACCUGAGCGAGCCUGAGGUCUGCUCCAUUCACAGCGAAAGCAGUGGAGGCAGCGACAGUCGCAGCCAGCCGGGCCAGUGCUGUACAGACAACCCGGUCAUGCUGGAUGCCCCACUCGUCAGCAGCAGCCUCCCACAGCCCCCCAGAGAUGUCCUCAACCACCCCUUCCACCCCAAGAAUGAGAAGCCCACGAGGGCUAGGGCCAAAUCAUUUUUGAAACGCAUGGAAACACUCCGAGGGAAGGGAGCCCACGGGAGGCAUAAGGGGUCCGGGCGGACAGGUGGCCUGGUGAUCAGUGGGCCCAUGUUGCAGCAGGAGCCAGAGUCCUUUAAGGCUAUGCAGUGCAUCCAAAUACCAAAUGGAGAUCUCCAGAAUUCGCCGCCACCUGCCUGCAGAAAAGGGCUCCCAUGCUCUGGCAAGUCGAGUGGCGAGAGCAGCCCGUCGGAGCACAGCAGCAGCGGGGUGAGCACGCCCUGCCUGAAGGAACGCAAGUGCCACGAGGCCAACAAGCGCGGGGGCAUGUACUUGGAGGACCUAGAUGUGCUGGCGGGGACAGCACUGCCGGAUGCAGGGGACCAAAGCCGUAUGCAUGAGUUUCACUCCCAAGAGAAUUUGGUGGUGCAUAUUCCCAAGGAUCACAAACCAGGAACAUUCCCCAAGGCACUUUCUAUUGAAAGCCUCUCUCCCACAGAUAGUAGCAAUGGGGUUAACUGGAGGACCGGUAGCAUCUCCCUGGGCAGAGAGCAGGUCCCUGGUGCCAGGGAGCCCCGGCUCAUGGCGUCCUGCCACAGAGCCAGCCGAGUCAGUAUCUAUGACAAUGUCCCUGGCUCCCAUCUGUAUGCCAGCACAGGAGAUCUUUUGGACUUGGAGAAAGAUGACCUUUUCCCUCACUUGGAUGACAUUCUGCAGCAUGUCAAUGGGCUCCAAGAGGUAGUCGAUGACUGGUCCAAAGAUGUCUUGCCUGAACUGCAAAUUCAUGAUACGUUGGUUGGGGAACCUGGCUUAUCCACCUUUCCAUCUCCUAAUCAGAUCACCUUAGAUUUUGAAGGUAACUCUGUCUCAGAAGGUCGGACGACACCCAGUGAUGUGGAAAGAGAUGUAACAUCUCUUAAUGAAUCUGAGCCUCCUGGGGUCAGAGACAGGAGGGAUUCUGGUGUAGGGGCCUCUCUGACCAGGCCAAACAGGCGACUCCGAUGGAACAGUUUCCAGCUGUCGCACCAGCCCCGGCCGGCCCCAGCAUCGCCCCACAUCAGCAGCCAGACGGCCAGCCAGCUGAGCCUGCUCCAGCGCUUCUCACUGCUCCGCCUCACGGCCAUCAUGGAGAAGCACUCCAUGUCCAACAAGCACGGCUGGACAUGGUCAGUUCCAAAGUUCAUGAAGAGGAUGAAAGUUCCCGACUACAAAGACAAGGCUGUCUUUGGCGUUCCUCUCAUAGUCCACGUCCAAAGAACGGGACAGCCCCUGCCUCAAAGUAUUCAGCAAGCACUGAGAUAUCUACGCAGCAACUGCCUCGAUCAGGUGGGUCUUUUUCGCAAGUCAGGAGUGAAGUCUCGAAUCCAUGCCCUACGCCAAAUGAAUGAAAACUUCCCUGAGAACGUCAACUAUGAAGACCAGUCUGCUUAUGAUGUGGCGGAUAUGGUGAAACAGUUCUUCCGGGACCUCCCUGAGCCUCUUUUCACCAACAAGCUCAGUGAGACCUUUCUCCAUAUCUAUCAGUAUGUCUCCAAAGAGCAGCGGCUGCAGGCCGUGCAGGCUGCCAUCCUGCUACUGGCCGAUGAGAACAGGGAGGUCCUGCAGACGCUCUUGUGUUUCCUGAACGACGUCGUCAACUUGGUGGAAGAGAAUCAGAUGACGCCCAUGAACCUGGCAGUGUGUCUGGCCCCCUCCCUCUUUCAUCUUAAUUUAUUGAAGAAAGAAAGCUCUCCACGAGUCAUACAGAAGAAAUAUGCCACCGGGAAGCCAGAUCAAAAGGACCUCAACGAGAAUCUGGCAGCAGCUCAGGGGCUAGCGCACAUGAUCAUGGAAUGCGACAGACUUUUUGAGGUUCCACACGAGUUGGUGGCCCAGUCUCGUAACUCGUAUGUGGAGGCUGAGAUCCACGUGCCAACCGUGGAAGAAUUGGGGACGCAGCUGGAGGAGAGUGGGGCAACUUUCCACACUUACCUGAACCAUCUCAUCCAGGGCCUCCAGAAAGAAGCCAAGGAGAAGUUCAAAGGAUGGGUCACGUGCUGCAGCACGGACAAUACAGAUCUUGCUUUCAAAAAGGUGGGCGACGGGAACCCGCUGAAGCUGUGGAAGGCUUCUGUGGAGGUGGAAGCACCCCCCUCGGUGGUCCUGAACCGCGUGCUGAGAGAGCGCCACCUGUGGGACGAGGACUUUGUGCAGUGGAAGGUUGUGGAAACUCUAGACAGGCAAACAGAGAUCUACCAGUAUGUGCUGAACAGCAUGGCUCCCCAUCCUUCCAGAGACUUUGUGGUUCUCAGGACCUGGAAAACUGAUUUGCCCAAAGGAAUGUGUACCCUGGUGUCCCUCUCCGUGGAGCAUGAGGAAGCCCAGCUCCUGGGUGGUGUGCGAGCAGUGGUGAUGGACUCGCAGUACUUGAUAGAACCGUGUGGCUCUGGCAAGUCAAGACUGACUCACAUCUGCAGGAUAGACCUGAAAGGUCACUCCCCAGAAUGGUACAGCAAAGGCUUUGGACAUCUGUGUGCAGCAGAAGUUGCCAGGAUUAGAAACUCUUUCCAGCCCCUCAUUGCUGAGGGCCCAGAAACUAAAAUCUGAGUUUUGCCCAGUGUGACAUCAAACUCAGGGAAGAGGAAACUAAAGUGACGAGUGUGGCAGAGAGUGUGCAUGUGAGAAAGCGAGAGAAAGAGGAACUGAAGGACGUGGUUAAUGCCUAAAAAUGGAAACGUUAAGAAGUUGGAAUGUUGGAGAUGCAAGAAUUUCCAAGAACUUUCUUAGCCUUCCUGGAGAUGGCUACAUCCCUACUAAUAUAAUUUUUAAAUGAGAACUUUAUAUAUAUUACUUAAAAUUAAAUGGAUUAUUCCUUGUGCAUUGCCUAAUUUGCUAUUUAAAGGCUUCUAAGAAGCAUAUACCUAACUGUAAAUAAAUGUAUGUAUAGUAUAUGUACAUAUGUGUGUAUAUCUCCAUCUUUACUGUAUAUAUGUAAAAUACCAAUUUUAUAUAGAAUUGUGUGUUUUGAAAAUGACGGUGUCUGACUCAGUGAGUCCCCUCCUCACACAGUUCUUUCCAAGUGGCUCUGGGCCCCAUCUCUCCACUGUCCUGUAAGCUGUGCAGAACCUGCUGCUAACACCAAGGUGUGAACAUGCCCUGAUGCCUAACCAAAGAUUAGUUAACCAAAGGAAAAUAACAUUAAAGGAGACUUAUGUGUUAACGCUUUGUUUCUGUUAUUCAAAAACUGAGAGUGGAGAUCUGGGAUAAAGCAAGGAAAUAAUAAUUACUCCUCCUUAAAGCAAACGGAGGGGUGAGAAGUCAUUACCAAAUUUAAAGCUAGAUGAGGAGUUGCCACUGGGCCCAGUAAGAUGGAAUUUCAGUGAGAUAUGGACCACUGGAGUCAGCGAGAGUGACUGAAACAGAAGCGAUACCUCUCACUCCCAUGCCCAUCACUACAGACCCCAAGUCAAGAUGAAUAUCAUAGCCUUUACUUAUUCACAGCCAAAGGGAGCCCCUGUGUUGUCUCAAGUUUUUAUAAAUACAUUUCAUAAUGUUAUUAAAUGUCAUUCUAUUUGACCAGUGGCCUAUUUGGUCACAGUUAAUUGGUGUUUUCUUAUUGCACUGAAUUCAACUCCAGACACCAUACAAAGGGAGAUGAUGGCCAUUCCGUUCAAAUCCUAGAUCGUUACAGCUUCAGGGAAUUCAUAUUUUGCUAUGUGUAGGAUACUCUUAAAAUGUAAUUCAUUAAACUUUUACAAUCUGAAAGACAGGGUUUUUAACUAACAUGAGACCAAAACUAUGUUCUUUGAUUAGUUUUAGAUAGUAUAAUCGGGUUUAUUAAUUCUUCUGUGUUUCUUCACUAGCCAGUCCAAGCUACCUAUGCAUUUGACCCAACCUUAUUUAUUAUUGUACAGAUGAAGCGAAUUGACUCCCUUUAGCCAACUGCUAAUGGAUCGAAUGUGCUUUUUAUUGUAAUUCAACAGCUAUGGAGAGAAAGAUAACUUAUUGUGUGUUUGAUUUCAGGGAGAGAGAUUUUCUUUGGUCAUCCAUAAUAGAGAUUGAUAAGAUUUAGCAACUGGUGUUGGAGAAAAAAAGAAAAGCAAAUGAGUGUUUUCAGGUUUUUUUGUAUUAUAUGCAUUUAUGUAAUGUUUCUGUUAUCAGCAAUGUGCAAUUAUUUUAUUGAGAGGAAUAAAAAAGCUUUCUAUGAGUUUGGUAUGGUGCGAGGAAAAUCUUACAGUUUGAAUUAUGACCUAGAAAUUUUUCAUUCCCAUGUCUACCUAAGAAGGUAGCAGUAAAUCCAUAAUUUACCUUUUGGGCAAUGCUUUGUGAGCAAAACAAAGUCACUUCUGCCAUAACAUCUUGAAUUUAACCAUAUAUGCCAGAUUACUUUAUAUGCAUCAACAAGAUCACCAGUGAAGUUUAAUCUAGCUAAACACUGGUCCUGCUCCUGAGAUGGGAUCCUAUGUGUUUGGAAAACGUGAUAGGCACACGAGGAUGAGUGGCUUUGUAUCGCCCAGAGAGGUGCUUGUCCAGAUUUCACAUGCACAUGAAUUGCCUGGGGAUCUUGUGAAACUGCAGACUCUGCUCCGAGUAAUCUGGGCUGGGCCUGAGAUUCUGCAUUUCUAAGGAGUCUCAGGGAUGCCUAUGCUGCUGGCCUAAAACCACACUCAGAAACGAGGACCUAGAAGAUCCCUAAAACAGAAUAAGAACAAAUGUGAUUGUAUUUCUGAUUCUCCCUCUCUUCGAAUUAUCUGACUUUUUUGUUUUUGUGCACAUAGUAAUCAUAUCACCGCUGCAUAACAACACAGUGCAUCUUUUUAAAACAAGGAAAAGGGAAAAAAAGGAGAAAAAACGAUGCAUCAAGCUUGUUUGUCAAAUACCACAGUAUUUUAUUCAUUGUUAUCUUGCCAAUGGAAAUAAAGUAUGAUAUUGCAUUUAAAUAUUAUAUUUAUACCUCAUGUAUAUUUUUACCUCAAUUGUUGAUAUCAAUCAUCAAUUGUAAAUAAAAAAUUGCCAAGGCAAAUAAAUUUAUAUAUAUUAAAUAUUUCCUAUUUUCUAUAAAAUAGAUGUUGAUUUUCAUGCUUCAUCUUUAAAUGGAAAAUUUGCUUCAUGAGGAAGAUUUCUCCCAAGAUAGCCUGCCAUGACUUUGACUCCUUGGUACCAUCUGUAGUCAAUACUGUCUUCAAAUACAAAGAAGUUGUUGUCAAUAGACAUUCACUAUCAGGCUGGGUGCCUUACCUGGAUCUAAGGGAUUAAAGUGAUGGGUGGGGAUUUUUUUUUUCUUAAAUUUCAUUGUCCUUAAAUCUGGAAGUUAUAAAAACAUAUUCAUAAUAUUUUUAUCAAAGGUUUAGUAAACUCUUUAGCUACAUUUUAUUUUUGUUAAGUGGACAAGAAAUCAAGAUAUGAUGAAAUGACUUACAGCCGCACUACUAGACCAUGAAAAGUAGCCACAAAUGACUCUAAAUCUCUUCCCUUCUACCCUUGAAAUCUGAGCAUCUCUUCUAAAUAUCAGCCCAGAGAGCCCUUAAGAAAGCCGGGGCUCUCAAACAUUCUCAGGCACAGGCUUCCAAAGCCACAGAAGCCCAGAAGACUGUAUGCCCCUACAAAAGUUGUCCCAACUCUGCUCUCUUAUCUCAUGCACACCUUCCCCUCUUACUUGCAAGUUUUGCUUUCAUAGUAGGCAAAGGGGGAAUUCAAUGGCGCUUUUUCUCUUCUACAUGAAGGAAAAGAAUGUGAUGGUCAUUCUAGCAGCCGCAGGCUACAGAUGUCCUGAGAGUAUGGAUCAUAUGAAUUCAAAGGUGAUUCUUGCUAAUUACUCUGAUCUCAUCACCAUAUAUGUAUCAAAACAUGCAGUGACUACGUACCCCACAAAUAUGUACAAUUAUUAUUUGUCAACUAAAAGAACUUUGAAAAGGAAAAAAAGUUUUUUACAUUAUUCCAAACACUCUUCAUGAAAUUCUUAGACAUAAAAUUGUUCCACCUGUGUCUUUUGAUAUUUGGUUACAGAAAAACUGGACAUAUGGUUCCUUCUCAGGAAGAUAAAUGUAAAGGUUUAAAACAGACCCCAACCAAAUGGAGUGUCACAUUCUGACACGAACGCAAAAUCAAUGUGUGCUGACUGCACAAGCAGUGAAUAAACACUUGACCUUGUGACACUGGAAUGUUGCAAAGUCAUGAAGUUUAAACAACUGAUGAUGUACAAUUUUUGACAUUCCAUAGGCAGACUAUAUCCCUUGUAGGUUUUCUUAAAGACAGUGUUUACUUUCAUUUUAAUAAUCCCACUCAUCAGCCUCCUAGAUGUCACCUAGUUUAUAUCCUUCUGGUGCACAGCUGAGGCUCAAAAUUCCCAGCAAUAUUGUAUCUCUGCAGAAAACUUGCUUGCAUAAGACUUUUAUUCACUCAGCACACAUUUAUUCAACAGUGAAUAAGAGUGGGACACAAGUAGGCAGAGGCGUUAAUACAAAGAAGACAUAAUGUGGGGCAGAAACUGUGAUAUACAGUCAAUUUUCAUUGUUUGUGGUAGUUCCUUUCUAUAAAGUUGUUGCAAACACUGAAUUAGUGAAUACUGAACCAUUGCUCCUAGGAGAAAUACAGGAUUAGGUUCCUGUGAGCCUCAGGUCACAAUAUUUUUGUCAACCCACCACUACAUAACCUUGUU